ACCAGCAGAGAGCUUCCAACUCUACUAGCCAGCAAAGCAAUUUCUCCAUAAAGAAGGCCAUGGAACUAAAUGUUCCACUGCAAAUCCAUGAAGAAUCAGAUAGUGAUGCUGAAGUUGAGUAAUUUUUUUGGGACUUCAUGAAUGAUCCAAUUGAGGCCCAGAUUGAGACACAAAUCAGAGAUCAGAUUGAGGCACAACAGAGAGGUACGUCUAAUCAGUACCGAAGGUUUAGUAGAAGGUAUAUAGAAAGAGAUCGUGGAGCUCCUAGGGAUCGUUUGAUGUCUGAUUACUUCGUAGAAAAUCCGGUGUACAAUGAUUUCCAGUUUCGACGGAGGUAUAGGAUGAAGCGACAUCUAUUUCUACACAUUGUGCAGACCCUUAGUUCUUGGUCUCCUUAUUUUUGCCAAAGGAGCGAUGCAUUUGGGAAGGUGGGCUUUUCACCCUUGCACAAAUGCACUGUUGCCAUGCGUAUGUUAGCAUAUGGAACACCUGCGGAUAUGUGGGACGAAAAUCUACGAAUUGCUGAAACCACAAUUAUUGAGUGCAUGAAUACCUUCUCUAGAGGUGUGAUUGAGUGUUUUGGUCCUACAUACCUAAGAAAACCAACUAGAGAAGACAUCCAAAGGUUACUUCAUAUAGGUUCAGCUCGUGGUUUUCCAGGCAUGUUAGGAAGUGUAGAUUGCAUGCAUUGGCAAUGGAGAAACUGUCCGGUGGCAUGGAAGGGACAGUAUACUCGUGGAGAUCAGGCUGGACCCACUGUCAUGCUGGAAGUUGUUGCCUCACAUGACCUUUGGAUAUGGCAUGCAUUUUUUGGUGUUGCCGGGUCAAACAAUGACAUCAAUGUCCUUAAUAGAUCCCCUCUGUUCACAGAGGUAGUACAAAGGAGAGCUCCAGAGGUUCAAUUUACAGUCAAUGGCAAUGAGUACAAUAUGGGAUACUACCUAGCAAAUGGUAUUUAUCCGGAAUGGGCAACGUUUGUAAAAACAAUACAUUUGCCUCAAUGCAACAAAGACAAACUGUUUGCAGAAUGCCAAGAGGGAGCAAGAAAAGAUGUGGAGCGUGCAUUUGGUGUUCUGCAAACUCGCUUUGCCAUACUACGCAGCCCGGCACGUAUGUGGCAAGUGGAAUCACUUGCUGAGAUCAUGUACGCAUGUAUUAUAAUACACAACAUGAUUGUAGAGGAUGAAAGAGAUACUUUCAGAGUUCGGUACGAUGAUGACUACGAGGAAGACUAUGAUGAAGGUAACUCCACACCAUUGUUAAAUUAUGGACAUGGGCCAAUUCAUGGUGUCGCAAUUGAUAUGUAUCAGGUUUAA